CAAGCUAAUCUUAAAUUCCGGUCUUAUACUCCCCUUAGAAAAGAACAUAACUUUUGUUUUUUCUGCUGAUAUCCUAAAUCCCCAUUGAACUGCCCAUUUCUGAACUUCAUUUACUGCUCUCUGAAUUUCCUUUACUAUGAAUUCCACAUUCCUCCCUUUCUUCCACAUGGCACCAUCAUCAGCGAACAAAGCUACUCCAUCAGGCCCCUUCACAUUUUUGAAUAUCUGAUCUAUUAUUAUAUCAAACAAUAUAGGGCUUACAAUACUCCCCUGCGGAGUGCCAUUCUCAACUAUAUAUUCAUUACUUAAUUCUCCAUUUAUUUUAUCCCUUAGACUUCUUUCAGCCAAAAAAGCUUUUAUCCACUGGAGCAUUCUAUCACCAAUCCCCAUCUGCUGCAACCUGAUCAACAAUCCGUUCGUCCACAACAUGUCGUACGCUUUUUCAAUAUCGAAGAAUACUACCACCACUGCUUCUCUAUUUACUUGAGCUCUUCUUAUACCAUCUUCCAAACAUACUAUUGGAUCCAUUGUACCUCUACCUCUCCUAAAACCACUCUGGUAGCUCUGCAAUAACCCCUUUGACUCAACCCAGUAAUUUAACCUAUCGUUUACCAUUUUCUCCAUAGUCUUACCCACCUGCGAAGUUAAAGCUAUAGGCCUGUAACUACUUGGAUUAUGAGGAUCUUUACCAGGUUUCCUAAUUGGCACAAUUAUAGACUCUUUCCACUCCUUAGGUAUCCUUCCCUCCAACCAUAUCUUGUUAAAUAACAGCAACAGCUUAUCUUUCCCUAUUCCACUCAAAUUAUCCAACAUGUCAUAACAUAUUGAGUCUCUCCCGGGCGCAGAUUUUAUUAAUUUUCUCAGGGCAAUAUUUAGUUCUAGUCUAGUAAAAAAUUCAUUAAUACUACCUUCUUCCUCAUUCACAAUCCCAUCCACUUUCGAAUAUCUUAACAAUGUCUCAUGCCUUCCUUCCUUUUCCUCCAAACUGAGGUUAUCUGAACUAUGAACCCUAGCUAAUGUUUUAGCAAUCACUUCCGCUUUAUCUUUACUCGUCACCACUAUAUCCUCUCCAUCUAUAAGCAUAGGGUACCCAUUAUUUCUAUCUAUUCCUUUCAUUUUUUUAAUCAUACCCCAAAUCCUCUCUAUAGGAGUAGUGCGCCCCACAGCAUUACAAAAUCUCCACCAGUAUUCCUUUUUUGCUUUCUUAACAGUUCUUCUCACCAAAGCUUGAGUUCUCUUAUACUCAAUAAAUUAUUGAAAAUUAUGUGACUUCUUCAAUUUCCUAAAAGUUCUAUUCCUUUCUUUUACUGCCUCCUGACACUCUUUUGACCACCAUGGUACUAUCCUAUUUAAAGGCCUGGACUCUGCCUUUGGAAUAGUUGCCCCUGCUGCAUCCACUAUACUUGAACUAAUUGCCCCACAUAGCUCUUCAACACUCAUACUUCCUUCAAUAGUUGACAUCCACUCAUCACAAUAACUGCUGACAAUAACUGCGAACACACUACACUUUAUAUUUAUAUACACAUACACUUUAUUUAUCUAACACACAUACUUAGUAUACACUUAAAUUUUGCACAUAAUACACAUGUACAUACAUAACUGCAUUUUGUAAUAUACCUGCCUACAAUUGUCAAUUUGUAUAUUGUCAUUCACUAUCUACUUAUUUGUAUUUUUUAUUCUUUUAUUAUGUGUUUUAUGUUCUGUCGCUGUCAUUCUGUUGUACUGUGGAGCUUCUGUCACGAAACAAAUUCCUUGUAUGUGUAAACAUACCUGGCAAUAAAGCUCAUUCUGAUUCUGAUUCUGAUCACUGACUUCUCUAAACUUCUCCCAAUCAGCUUUUUCUAGUAUCCAUCUCCCGCCUCUUUUUUCCCUGUCUUUUUCCAAUUCCACCCCUACCUUCACUCUGAUGGGGUAAUGGUCACUCCCAAUUGUCGUCUCCUUUAGUACUUCCCACCCACACUUAUCUGCUAUAUUCCUAGAAACUAUUGUCAAAUCAAUAGCUGACUCUGUUCCUCUAGACACGUCUAGCCUAGUUGUAGAACCAUCAUUAAUACAAACUAAACCCUCCUCCUCAAUAAACUCUUCUACGACAAUCCCAUUACUAUCAUCCCUAUCACCCCACAGUGUACUAUGUGCAUUAAAAUCCCCACACUAUAUGACCUUUCCAGUCAAAUCUUUCCAUAUUCCUUCAAGCUGUCUCCUUUCCUAUUGUCUACAUGGAUUAUAUAAAUUAAUAAUUACAAUUUUACCAGUAUUUGACCAUACUUCAACUAUAAUAUACUCCAAAUCCUCUCCUUUCCUUGCUUCUCUAAACUGGAGACCCCUCUGAAUGAAUGUAACUACCCCACCUCCUUUACCAGUGACUCUGUCCCUUCUUACUGAUAUAUACCCCUUUAUCCCAAAGUCUAGCCUUGGGAUCAGCCAUGAUUCUUGUAUACAUAAUACGUUUGGUUUCACCUCAAGAUCUUCUACAUACUUUUUGAACUCUUGCCCAUUAGAAAUCAAACUCCUUGCAUUCCAUUGGAUUAUACUAAAUACCAUUAAGACUAUCCUUAGCAUGACUAACUUUGAGAUGACUCCUCAUCAUCAUUAGCUUCAGAAUCCUUAAGACAAUCUACAACAAACCCCCAUUCCAACCUUUGCACAUUCAAGAACUUUUUGGCUGAUUUAACAAUGAUCCUGAUCCUAUCUGUUCUACUACUUGUUUGAGCAGCUCCAUUAACAACAUCUGCCAUGAAAAGCAUAAAGUCCAAUUUCUUUACUAUCAGUGUGUCUUCUUGAAUUUUUUUACAUGCUAUACUCUCUCCUUCCAUUUUGUUAUUAACCUUCUUUGCCUCUGGAAAUAGUUUAGGGACUUGCUUUACUGCCUCCGCAUAGGACAUUCCUUGUUCUGCUUUCAUCCUCUGAAUUUCUCUCAUGCGUUUAUACACCUCACAUCCUCCAUACGCUGCACUAUGGUCGCCACCACAAUUGCAACAUUUUUGAGUUGCCCCUUCCUCGCAUUCACCAUACUUAUGUUCUCCUCCACACUUACUACAUCUAAUCUUCCCUUUGCAUACAGCAGCCACAUGCCCAUACCUUUGGCAAUUGAAACAUCUCAAUGGAGGUGGGAUGUAUACCCUAACAUUAUAGCUCAUAAACCCAAUAUACACCUUAUCUGUGAGUUGUUUUUCAUCAAACGUUAGCAAUAUUGACAGACUAUCACUCAACACACCAUCCUUUUUCAUUUUCAACCGUUUCGCUUCUUUUACUUUCACAUUUUUUAUGUUUCCCAACACCUCAUUAAUUGAAUCUUUAACUGGGAUCCCAGUAAUAACUCCUCUAAUCAGCUCCUUGUCACUGGCUAUGACCCCUCUCACUCCUUGGCCAUUCAUCUUUCUUAUUUUAACUGCUUUCUUCUGUUGGUCCUCAUCAGUACAUUCUACGAACAGUGAUCCAUUUCUAAAUUUUUUCACAUUCAAUACUUCCCCUAUCUCCUUAUGUACACAUUUCGUUAACUGUAUAGGACUCCAAUCAGAAAAAGAACCUCCCUCCUUUAUAAAGGAUAUAAAUACCUUAUAUACCACCUUCCUUUCAGAGAUGUAUAUAUCCUCAUCAUCUUGUUUACUAAAUUUCUAUUUCUUGCGUUUUGGCCUACCUUCCUCUUCAUACCCACACUCAGAUUCCUCCAUCCCCCACUGCUUACUCCGUCACUUCCUACAAACAACUCCAGUCCAGUCGGCCGCAAAUCUCAUCGCCCAGCGGCCAAUUGACCCCUUUUGCGCGGACGUCACAGGUACGUCACGGCGCUAGCUGGAGGCAAAACAAACGGAAAACUGGAGGCGGCUAAUACAAACCAACACAGGGUCGGCUACUCAAAGAGCUUAAAAUGUCGUCUUGUUGUGUUGUUGGUUGCCAGAAUCGACGGAGAACAUUUUAUAUACAUUGUUGUGAUUAAUUGUGACCGGAAUUUAAGAACAUGGUAAGAAAGAAUAAAUACAGAAAGUUUAUAAUUAAUUUGCAGUCUUCGGAAUUUUUAUUUCUAGAAAAUAUUUACAUCUUAAUAAUAAUUUUACUGUAAUGUCACGCUUUGUUUAAUCUAAGGAUUUAUACGACCUCAGUUUAUCUUUACUUUACACUCUCGGUUUCUCUAUCAGGUAAGUGUAGAUGUCAGGCCACUCAAUCGGAGGUAACGUUAAUCCUGUCAGAUCGUCCAUCCAAUGAGUGAUUGUGUACGGGUCGACCAAUCUGGUUCCGUCCGUUAAAGUUAACUUUUUCAAAUAAUUAUCGCGGUCCCGGACAGUGAGUGACCUCAAAUAUUCAGAUAAAGCAGAUAUAUUCAGAUUUUCUCCAGCCACUGUUAAAAAAACAAGCUAAGAAAACUCGCUAGCUACCGUUUGUUCAAGUGUUGAGGGGAAUCUUUCUGCCUCCAGCUAAGCCCCGCCCACACAAACUGUAAAAGGGUCUAUUCGGUUGUUAAGUGAUGACGUAAGAAGCGCUGCUUCCGGGUCCAAGCCUCAACUCGCUUCACUUGAGAAUACUACCUCAGCAGCCGUUUAUGAGCACUGUUUAUUCAUAUUAAUUAUUUAAGCUAAACGCUUUCAAACUUACGGUAUACACUACAGUCUCCGUGCUCACAGCGUCCCAAACUCAAAUAAUUUUUUAUAUAUUUUUUUAAUAUUUAUAUUUUCAUUGUCUGGCUAUAUGGGACUUCAGUAUGGAGUUAAAGGUUAAGAUUAUAACUUUUUCGCUAGUAUUCUAUCACAUUGUGAGUUUAUAUUAGCACUUUUUGUUGUUUUCUCGUGGUAACUGAUAGAGCGUUUGGACACGGAAGCGCUGCUAUGUGAUGUCAGACUUAACAACCGAAUAGGGCGUCUACUUAUAUGAUGUCAUAUGUGAUACAGCGUCAAAGUUUUCUGUUUGCCACCGGUCUGGAAACAGCCGGGCCAAUCAACGAACAGAGGGCGGGCUGAGAGCUGUGACGUAGAUGCUUAGCGCCGAGUUUUACAUUGUAGGUUAGAGAAAUUGAAAACCGAAACGACCGCAGAAAUGGGAAACGAGACACGGGAUGCAAUUCGCUCUGUUAUGGAGAACAUUCAACUCUUUUUCAAACUGCAAAAGUCGUUUACAGCCAUGUUCACUCCUGUAUUUCGCUCGCAUCAUCAUGUGUUAACAACAGGUUUACAGUGGAAGUUCAAUCAUAGAUUUGAGUUCGAUGCAUGAUGUCUGUGCUUCGAUGCGGCUGCACAGGCGCAUAACAUACGUCAUAACUAAACGUAUCUGAUUGGCUACGGGUAACCAAUGAUUUUAAACUUCAGACAAGCGCCCCCUAGCGAGAGAGAAAACACUUCUCUAUUAUGCCAUUCCAGACUCUGUCUACGAAACAAAGUCAAGUAGCAGAGUCUGGUAUUACCAGGCUAAGGAUGACAUAAUAGACACAGUUCAUUUGCCUGGAUAAAGCAAUAAACUAAACUUUUUUUUGAGUCCAUUAUAUAAUAAGUUUAUUGUGGAUUUUAGAUUAUCAAGGAACAGUGCAGACUAAUGUAUUUUUAAAUAUGUUGGUUUAAUUUCCAAUCAUGUUGUUUCUGACAGCACUUGAGAAAUAUUGCUGUUAUUAUAUAAUAAUAUAAUCCCUCACUGGUGUUGUCUUUUCUUAAAUAAUAUCUCUUUCUCUUGUUUGUUCCCUAUGUUAUACAUCCAGCAAGGCAAAGUGCCGUGUCUUAUGGAGCUAAACUCUGAUGUUUAACAAAGCACCGUAAUGAGUGGGAAAGUCUGGAUAUUGAUCACUGCAGUUUCAUUAAUCACCCAUGUUUACCAUGUCCAGUCCAAGUGUAUGGACCGAGACAUCAAGGCACAUCUGGAUGAGUGGUUGUUGAAAGAGCACGUGUUUCUGAUGAAGGUGUUCUCGCCUGAAAUGAAGGAACAUGCGCUUCUAUCAGUGAUAAAUACCCUGUGUUCAUACUGGAUAAAUAAUAAGGGAAAUAAUAAAUUAAUGGUUGUACAAACUUUUGGCAUGAUGCUGUCAGAUCUAGAUAAAAAAUAUGAAGACUUUUGUGCAAAUCUCAACUGCACGGAUGCUUACACAGUACGCAUCAUUGACACAGCCACUUUUGGAGAAAUGUAUAGAAAUUCUUGCAAUGGAUCUGUAUCAGACCUGAAGUGUCCAUCAAAGAGCGCACCUUUAACAACGAUCAGCCCAACUCCUGAAUCCAGUAUAACAUCUUUAACAACAUUGGUCAGCCCCAAAAUCACUGCUCCUGAAAAUGUGACAGCAGAUCCACCGGGGCAUACAGAACUCAUCAAUAAAGAUGACGAUCAGUGGGGUGUUUCUCAUGCACAGGAAGUUAAAAACAUCCAGAGAGAUGACAGACUUGCAGUUGAGAGAAAAUUAAUAAUUUUAGCACUUUGUCACGUGUUUACGUGUUUCUCCAGCUCCAUACUGCAGUCAUUCUCCAGUCAUCUCUUACUGCUUCCACACUCUCUAUGCUAUAUAAGGCACAGUUCUGUUUUUAUAAACAUGUGUGACUGACAAUAUGACUGACGUUCCCACAGCUUGUGUAUUUUUCAGAUUGUAAUUGUAAUUAUCUUAAAUGUGCCUCUGUAAAUGUCAUCCAUUAUCUAUCAGGUACUCCUGUUCAUGGUUUUCUGGCCCAGGAUGAUGUGGAAUAAAAUGGUCUGUCUGUCUAUCCUACAGAUGUUUUCAGAAAUACUUUAAAUAUACCAUAAUUCGCAAAAGAAGAAACCCUCUCUUUUUAACACUUUAUUUUAUUCAGCUUGGUAUUUAUUAUCAGUUUUUAUUUGAUCUACUUACACAUCCCCAGUUCUUUUUGUUCUAUCGAUAAUAUAUAUAUAUAUAUAACUAGUGCAAAAAGUAUUGGGGGAAAAUAAUCUAUCCUCUUUAGCAUUCAGGUCUUGAAUGUUUGUGCCAGAUGGGAACAAAAAGUAUUUACAGACAAAUUACAGCUGCAAAAAAGAAAAAGUAAUAUAUCCUGUUUUCUGGAGUUUAUAUUUUAUUGUGUUGUUUAUUUUAUACAAUAUCUUUCUAUGUUUAUAUUUUGCAAUGUUUGCGUGUAAGAGAGGACAUGCAUAAUAUAUUUCUGGGUAUCUCAGAAGUCAGAAUGUAAAUUUUAUGUUAAUGAUCUUUGUGCCUUUGUGUAAAAUUGACAUUUGUUUUCUGUCUCACCCAGUAAAACGGGAAAUAUGACCAUGUGUAUCUUAGACCUAAUUAAAUGUCACUAAAAACUUU